AUGAAGCUAAAGCAGACGCGCCGAGCCAAUGGAUGCAAAUGGAUUUGCAAACCAACGUCGGCCUGCACCGGAUCGGAGUGCACUGUGCGGACCAACAGCGUUUUUAAAAACUCCAGGCUGUCGCUCCCGCAGUUGCUAGAGCUGACAUACGAGUGGUCCCGGAACAGCACGAGAACAGUUGCUGGUGCCGAGUGUCCUGCUGGAAAAGCGGCAGUGCUCCGGUGGUACGAGGUGCUCCGUGGCAUCAGCUCCGAGUACAUCGAGCAACGGCAUUCAACGAUUGGUGGUAGCGGACUUACUGUGGAGAUCGACGAGUCCGUUGUCACCAAGCGGAAGUACAAUCGCGGAAGGAUGGCAGAUAACAACCAGGUGUGGCUGAUCGGUGGUAUCUGUUGGGAGACGCGCGACAUAUUCCUCGAGCUGGUGCAGAAACGAGAUGCUACCACACUGCACAGCAUUAUCAUGCGGCAUGUGGCACCGGGGUCUACAAUCCUAACGGACGGAUGGCGAGCCUACAACGGGUUGGAAAACAACGGCUACACUCAUGCUAUGGUCAACCAUAGUGAAAACUUUGUACACCCGAACGACCCGUUUGUACACACCCAGAGCAUCGAGAAUUUAUGGCGCUGGAUAAAGCCAUUUCUCCGAUCGAAAGGCACACAUCGAGGAUCGUUGAUUCACUAUUUGAGGGAGUACCAGCUGAAGCGAUCGGGAUCCAACAGCUUCAUAAACAUUCUGCGCGCCAUCAAGGAUGUUCAAGAGUUUGAGUAAGUCAUUUUCCCACAUUUAUCUUUUAGCUGCAAAUGCAGUUUUAAUCAGUUAUCCUUUCUCAAGGUGGCUAGCGAAUGCCAAACAGCGGAUUUAUCGUGCAUGUGAUAAAUCUGCUAUUAUGGAACUCC